AGUAGUACUAAAAAAAAAAAUAGAGAAUUUGCUAAUCUUUUGUUUUCUUUCUGAAGUGUACCAAAAGUCAAAAUUCCUAAAAUUGCAAAAAUCACUGCAAAACACACACUAAAACCUCUCUACUCUCAUCUGUCUCGAUCUCUCUACUUCUUCUCUCAAGUGAUUAUUUGAUAGCUUACCUCAAGAUCUCCAGCUGUAUAGAGCAGUCAGUCCAACAUCUUUUCACUUCCAUCUUGUUAUAUAUCCCUGUUGGUUGACACACUGGAAGUACUCAAAGGUCUGACAGUAUGCAUGGUGGUUUUAAUGUUCCCAAUAUGUCGGGUACGCUUACAUCCAGAAAUUCAUCUAUGAAUAGCGUCGGUUCUGGGGGGAUUCAACAACCAACCGGAAAUGUUCCAGGGGGGAGAUAUGCAUCAAAUAAUAUCCCUGUUGCUCUGUCUCAGAUAUCACAUGGGAGUUCACAUGGUGGAUAUCCAGGAGUUACAAAUAGAGGGGCUAUGAAUGUUGUAGGAAGCCCUGGAUAUAGUGGUAACACGAACGGUGUUGGUGGCUCUAUUCCUGGGAUUCUCCCGACUUCUGCUGCAAUUGGUAAUCGUAGUGCUGUUCCAGGCCUAGGAGUUUCCCCGGUAUUGGGGAAUGGAGGUCCUCGAGUUACAGGUUCAGUGGGAAGCAUUGUUGGCAGUGGCAACAUUGGGAGGAGUAUAGGUUCAGGCGGAGGACUAUCUGUACCUGGUCUUGCUUCUCGCUUGAAUAUGUCUACAAAUAGUGGCUCUGGGAGCUUAGGUGUACAAGGGCCUAAUAGAUUAUCAAGUGGCGUACUCCAACAAGCUUCUCCACAGGUGCUUAAUAUGUUUGGGAACUCGUAUCCUUCUGCUGGGGGGCCGCUCCAGCAGAAUCAUGUCCAAGCAGUGAAUAAUUUAAGCUCCAUGGGAAUGUUAAGUGAUGAGAAUGCCAAUGAUAGUUCUCCUUUUACUUUAAAUGACUUUCCCCAGUUAGGUAGUCGACCUAACUCUGCUGGAGGUCCACAAGGACAAUUAGGCUCUCUAAGAAAAGGCGGCCUGGGUGUUAGUCCGAUCGUUCAGCAAAACCAGGAAUUCAGCAUCCAAAAUGAGGAUUUUCCUGCCUUGCCAGGUUUUAAAGGUGGAAAUGGCGAUUAUGGGAUGGAUUUCCAGCAAAAGGAGCAGAUUCAUGAUAAUGGUGUGGCGAUGCAAUCUCAACACUUCUCUAUGGGAAGGUCACCUGGAUUCAACUUGGGUGGAAUGUACUCUUCACACCGUCCGCAGCAGCAGCAGCAACAACAUACGCUUUCUAGCAGCAUGCCCCCCGGCAUCAGCCUAAGGUCCCUAAAUUCUCCAGGCGGUGUUGCUAAUAUGGGUUCUUACGAGCAGCAAUUUAUGCAGCAGUAUCAACAGCAACAGAACCAGUCACAAUUUCGUUUGCAGCAAAUGCCAUCUCUCAGUCAGACUUUCAGAGAUCAAGGCAUAAAGCCCAUACAAUCUCCACAACCUGCUCCAGAUCCUUACGGAAUCCUUGGCUUGUUGAGUGUGAUUAGAAUGAGCGAUCCUGAUCUGACAUCUCUUGCCCUUGGAAUUGACCUAACGACCCUUGGAUUGAAUUUGAAUUCGUCAGAAAAUCUUCACAAAACUUUUGCCUCGCCGUGGUCUGAGGAGCCGGCCAAGGGUGAACCUGAGUUCACAAUACCCGAAUGUUAUCAUGCAAAACAACCUCACUCUUUAAGUCAAGCUUAUUUUGCAAAGUUCCAGCUGCCGACGUUGUUCUACAUCUUUUACAGCAUGCCAAAAGAUGAAGCCCAGAUAUACGCCGCCAAUGAACUUUAUAACAGAGGUUGGUUCUAUCACAAAGACCUUCGGCUUUGGUUUAUGAGAGUUCCUAACGUGGACCCUCUUGUUAAGACUAAUACAUACGAAAGGGGAUCUUAUGUUGCCUUUGAUCCUAAUACAUGGGAUACGUCGAUUAAGGAAAAUUUUGUAAUUCAUUAUGAACUUGUUGAGAAAAGACCAACUCUACAUCACCAAUAACUCUCCUGGUAGAUUGUAAAUUCAGUUUCAGAAAGCAUGAAUUGUACUUGUUUGUCUACCAUUUGAUAAUUUUUAAGAAAAUCUUUCUUCUAAUUAGGCAGUCAUUUAGGGCCUGCAAAGUGCAAUACUAAUUUCGUUCAAUUAGUUACAGAAUUGUAAAUUUCCAGUGUAUUAAUCUGAACUGUACGCUGUUGGUACAGCUUGAUUUGGAAACUUCAAUAACAGAAUCCUGUUCUUGUUUUUA